GGAGCACCGAGAGUGGGCCAGUGUUGAAUUCUUCUUCCUCCAACUUGCGGAGCUCGUCCUCGGUCAUCUCACUCUUGGCCUUUGUGCUGCUGAUUUGGGUUGCCAAUCAGAAACAAAAGCACGCGUUAGAAUGCAAAAAAUAUCUAGGCCGUUUCCACAACACAGGUGGCAGCGAUGAUGCAGUGUUGCAGAUGGAUGCUGACAGGAGACACGGUAGCGAUACAUAGAUACAUGGAUGAAUAACUUACCUCAUGGUUGCUUGUUGUUAUGCUGAUGAAUAGUAGUGAUCGAUCAACCAGAGCUGCUCAGUUUCUUGCACAAGGUAAACAAGCCACCCUGGGACGGGAGUUACGGCCAGCCAGUUGUCGCGCGAAACGUCCUUCCUCCCAUCAUCUUCUACAUACACACACACACACGCUCUUUUAGCUCAUCACCGCUUCCAUCAACAACGCCAUGGACGAUUUCAAGUCUGCAACCAACUCUCUCGUGUCAUCGUACUUCAAGGAGACACCAAAGGCCUUAAAGCUGAUCGACGGCUAUAUGGUCUAUGUACUCUUGACUGGAAUUAUUCAGUUCGUUUACGUUUGUAUCGCUGGAACCUUCCCCAACAACGCCUUCUUGGCUGGCUUCAUCUCAACGGUUGCAGCGUUUGUUCUCGCUGCCAACCUCCGUAUGCAGACCAACCCGAAGAAUGCGUCUCAGUUCCCUACUACGAGCCCUGAAAGAGCAUUUGCGGAUUUCCUUGCCUGUAGCGUAGUGGUUCACUUUGCAGUCGCCAACUUCUUGGGAUAGAUGGUGGGAUAUGCUGUUCACUGCAUGGGUCGACGCAGGACAUCGCCCUUAUUUACCUACCAUACCCAGUCAUCAUCUUCCAGCGCUCUCUUGUGAUGGAUACGCCCUACCAUUUUGUUUGACUUCUGUAAAAUAAAUGUCAUAAACCGUGCGAUUUGUGUUCCGGUGAUGAGAAUGCGAGGUGGCUUGUGUCGGGACGAGGUGGAGCAAGGGCCGCUGUUCCCGCUGCUGGCAGACACAAACAGACG